AUGGCAGUCGAUAAGUGUAUUCAAUGCAUCGUCAGUAACAAUCCGAUGUGCGACCUCUUCUUCAGAAGCCCUUGCUCGUCGUGUAGAAACCUCGGGCUUGGAUCUCAGUGUGCGCUACCAGGCGCAACAGAUCUCAGUCAUUUCUUUGGCGGCCAUUCCGCCCAACAAGAAGCCCCCAGGCGCUUCGCCACGCCCAGACGCUCCGCUGGUCCCGUUCGCGGCUCGGGACCUCAGUCUCAUUACGCGACGGGCCCCGCACCUCAGUCUCAGUACCAGUACACGUUCAACGCCGGUCACCAAGACCAGCGACUCAACGCCAAGGACUACGCCGAUAGUGGUCAACAUCAGAAUAAGUCAUUGAAGCGCCGCCGUCAGCCGGAGAGCGGUACUGUCCCGAACCCUCCCACUGGCAUCUCUGCCAACCGGCGUAAGAAGCUUCGACUAGCUGCUCACGAGAGGCAUGAUGAUGCUUCGGUUCCGGAAGUCUCCAUGACCGAUGUGGAGAGACAGUGGUACGAUCAGUAUGUGGCGAAUAACGGUUUAUUCCCCCGUUCUGAAGCACCAAUGCGUGAGUAUGGCCAGCCUCCUCCACCCGACCCAGCGAUAAUGUCGGGAGGACUGGGCGGUCAGCCAAGCGACAGUCGACCACCAAACAACGACGACGCUCAGCGUUUGAGAGAGAAGCUUCAACAAGUACUGGAGGAGAACAAGGGUCUCAAGCAGCAACAAGAGAACAACAAGACUCAGAUCAACAACCUCAACAAGGCCCACCGCCGCAAGAAUAAGCAAAUGAAGAUGGAUUCACAAUCUCGCGGACGGCCCCUUCUUCGCGACGAAGAGUCUACUUCAAGAUCAAGAACGCGCCAGCCUUCGACAGCUUCGCCUUGGUCGCCGCCUUGGUCGCUGACUCCACCACCUCGGACGGAGUUCGAUCGGAUGAACGACGAAAUGGAUGCCUUAGCUUCCGCCAGAGUCGACGCUGCUCCGGGUGAGACUGUCGCCGAUACCAUUGCUCGUGCCAGCGAGCCAAUGAAUUACGAUGAUUGGCUUACAAUCAAUCAACAAGGAGUGGAUCAGUUGGGUACGCAGAUUCUUCCGCCACCAGUCGCCAGCAGUCAGCAACAGUUUGACAGCUUCAACGGCGACGCCAGCCAUGGCGCCGCGUCUGGAUCCCAGCGUCCGAGUCAGCAAACAUUUGACAGCUUCAACAGCGAUGCCAGCCAUGGCGCAGCGUCCCAGCGCCCGAGUCAGCAACGAGAUCAGCACGGGGAUACGUCAAUGACAGACGACAAUCGGGGACAUGGGGUCAACCCUGGAGCACCACAGCCCGUGAACAGUGCGAACGAGCAAAGCUUUUCAGAGUUUGAGUCCGAUGGCAAUCGGUCGACCAAUCCUCCAGCUCAGCAGCAGCAAUCCUUUGCUCAGCAUCCAGACAUUGACCGCAGCCUUGGUGAGAUUCUCAGCCAAGGACCGAAUCAAUCUCAGAACAGAAGCCAAGGUGGUCAACGUCAGCAACGUGGCAAUGGUCGCCAGCCUCGUGGCGGUAGGGGAUCUGGCGGUGGUAGGGGUGGUAGGGACCGUUCUGGUCCAAAGCACCUGGCUCCCAAGGGCGCCAGGGGCUAUGGCCAGUGA